GCAAAACAAUCAUUGUCGCGGAUGCAACCAAGCCCAUUGCAAUGGUUUGUGCAAAGCGUAGACUGACUUCCUGGGUCUGUCAGUUUGCAUCUAGCUGCGACACAUCAAACACAUCGCUGUGAUCGCUUUGAAGCGUUAUUUCUUUGUCUCAAAAAUGGUUCUGCAAAGAAUGUUUGUGAUCUUUGUGGCGGUGAUCCUCACUUGCCAGUGCGUUACUGAAGCCCUUAUCUAUCAGUGUGAUCAUUACACCUCCUUGGGUGACUAUAAUUUGCGCCACUGCACGCUGCACGGUGUAACGGUGGUUCACGAUGCGGAAGACGUAGACUUCUCGUCCGAAUAUCCUCGCCCGUACUGGUUUGAGUUCCAGCAGUCAAGCCUGGAAGAGAUUCCCCGCGCACUGUUCACAACCUUUCCCGAGAUGCAAACGGUCGACUUCCGGAGCACGGGCAUCGAGAACAUUAACAAGUUUACGUUUGAGAAGGCUAAACAGCUGCGGAAUUUGAUUCUGGAGCGCAACAAGCUUACGGUGCUAAACAACUUCAUCUUCAAGGGCUGUGAUUUGCUCGAGUGGCUCGAUCUGUCCCACAACCGUUUGAGCGAAGUGAAGGAGAAAGCGUUCCACGAUAUCCCGCUGGUGACACAGCUCAAUUUGAACCACAACCAGCUGGUAACGCUACCGGAGGAUGUGUUUGGCGAGCUGCCGAAUCUAGCCGUCCUAACGCUGAACCACAAUUUACUCACAACGCUUGGUGAGAAAAUAUUCGAUCACAGUCGGCUGGUUGCCAUAAAUCUGAACUUCAACCGGCUGCAAUCGAUUCGUCUGGAGGAUCGGCAUCAAUCGUGGCAGAAACUGUAUUUGCGUGGAAACCUGCUCACAAGUGUUGUGCUGCCGGCGACGCCCGUUGAUAUUGAUCUGGCACACAACAAUCUAACAACGAUCGAGGCCCCGUACGAUACGAUGGCGGUAGAGUCGCUCGAUCUCUCCCACAACUUGUUCAACAAUAUAAGCAACAUUUCGUCGCUGGCCAAUCUACACACACUCGAUCUGUCGUUUAAUGUGUUGCAAACGCUUCCGUUGACUACCUUCCUGAAGAUGAAUCAGCUAGGGCAGCUGAACCUAGAGGCAAUCAAUCUGACCACCCUUGAGCACGGUAUCUUCUCCCAGCAGUACAAUCUAACGUGGCUUGAUGUGUCGUUUAACCGACUGCAAAAGCUCGACCUGACGGUCCUUACAUCUGCAGCACGCCUGGAACAUCUGCACAUCGACGGCAACAACCUGACCAGCAUCCAGUACAAUCGCCUUCCGGUCAUGUUCCCUUCGCUGACCUAUCUCGGUUUGUUUGCCAACUCGUGGAACUGUAGCUACCUGGUGGAUGUGGUACACUUUUGCCGACAGCAUUCAAUCAAGGUGGAACCGCUAAAAUCUUACGGCACCACACUGCACGCGUCUAAUGUGCAGGGAAUCUACUGCAAGAGUGCUGAAGAAUCUGUUCUUCCCGCAGUAGCGCCGGUAGAUCAUUCGAUGGGCGGUGUGAAAUCAUCUCCAAACGAUUUGACAAUCGAUCAGCUACUGCAAAUGUUACGAGAAAUGAAUCGCACAACGGAGCAACUGUUGCAGGACCUGGUACGAUCCGUUCGCCAACGUCCGGGAGCUCAGGGAGGCCCAGCAAUAGUGGCCGCUUCCUACACCGAACUUCACGCCUAUAACUACCAGGUGUUUAUACUGCUCAUCCUCUCGGUUAUACUGAUCAUCAACGUGGGCUUUCUGCUGUGGAUACAGCACAACGCGAACGUGCGUCGAGCCGUCGAUCAAAUGAUCAUCUUCCGACGCGAACAGGGCGCCUCCAUUCAAACGGCACUGCACGAAGAGCUUUGAACGCGUACCAAAUUAUUUAGUGAAGUUAGGUUAAUGUACUAAUUUUAAGAUUCUUUUAACUUUUAAUUAAGGUAUUUUCAUCUCAGAAUGGAUAUCAUUAACAUUCUUUUAGCCCGUUUUCGAUUCGAUAUUGAAUACAUUUGAAGCAAAACUACCACAACGUA